UUUUUUUUUUUGGCUUUUUCACAAAAUGGCAGCGAAGCGAGUUUUGGCGCUGCUUGCUCUUGCGCUGCUGCUUUGCCUUGGCCAAGCUCGCGCACAGACAUCCGAUCCGUGCAGCGCAUUCACCAUCUGCGAGGACUGCAUCAACAAUGCCGCGCUGACAAUGUGCGGCUGGUGCGGCGACCACGGCCAGUGCCAGUCGGCGGCUGGCACAUGCUCAAACUGGCAGAGCCCGGCGUCUCGCGUUCUGGGCACGAGCGGCUCAACGCCCGAGGUCAGCCCGACCACGACGAACGUCUUUUUGCGUGCGGGCCAACCGCUGCUUGUCACCGUAUCUGUGACGCCGCAGCCGUGCAAACCCGUCGACUUGUACCUGCUGAUGGACUUUUCCGGCUCGAUGGACGACGAUUUGACCAAGGUGCGCAGCUUGGCGCAACCGCUGGCAACCAAGGUGACCCAGCUGUGCACGGACACGAGCAACCCCACCUGCUCCAACACGAACUGCGCUCGUCUGGGCUUUGGCAGCUUCCUCGAAAAGCCUGCCUACCCGAUGGGCCGCUGGACGACUUCUGGCUGGAUUAAGGACUCGACGUACACUGGCGGCACCAGCUUGCCCACCAACCACGCCUUCCGAGCUCGCCUGCCGCUCUCCUACAACCUCGGCCAGUUUGUGACGCUCGUUCAGGGCAUCUCUGGCAUUCAAGGCAACAUUGACACGCCUGAAAACAUGAUUGACGGCAUGCUCCAGGCCAUUCUGUGCCAAAAGCUGAUCGAUUGGCCCAGCUUCAACACGACGUAUCAGCCCCGCCGGCUCAUGCUCAUGCUGACUGAUGACACGACCCACUUCCGCAAGGAGGGCUACAUGGCUGGCAUUGUCGAGCCCUUCCCGUACAAGUGCUAUGUGCCCGACUCUGCCUUCACCCUUCCUUCGACGAAUACAAAUGCAGUCAACCGGUUUAUCGACGAUGCGUCGACCAAGUACGACUAUCCAAGCUUUUCCCAGCUCAAAAACGCUCUGAUUGAGAACAACAUUGUCCCCAUUUUCGGCUCGACCGCCACGGGCAUCAACCAGCGCACCUUCCAGGAUCUUGUGACCGCACUCGGGUUUGGCCAAUCUGGCACCUUGGCCACCAACUCGGAUAACCUGGUUCAGCUCUUGAGCGACGCAUACAACUCGAUUGCUUCCACCAUUGUUGCCGCCGUCCAGUCCAACGGAAACGAAGGGUUUAUCAGCGCCAUCUCGCCCGCCGCUGCCGUUGGCUACACCAAUGUCGUUGUCGGCACUACGUACAAGUUCAACUUUACCCUGCUGUACGACGGCACCCGAGCCCGCACGGAUGGCAACACGAUUAUCGUGACGUUCGUCGGCUUUAGCGCAGUCUCCAUCGUCGUCAACCUCGUCAACGACUGCAACUGCGCGGGGCUCUGCCCGGUCAACAAGUGCAACGGUCACGGUACUUGCUUGUGUGGCCGCUGCACUUGCGACGAUGGCUGGACUGGCGAGACGUGCACGUGCAACUCUGAUCCCAUGGCCUGCCCGUCUUACAAUGGCGCCGUGUGCAACGGCAUUCUUCGUGGCACGUGCCAGUGCGGUACCUGCGUUUGCAAUGAAGGCUUUGCUGGCCCCGCGUGCGAAUGCCCGACCACGGGUUGCCCGACCUCGACUGGCGACGUUUGCUCUGGCCACGGUACCUGCAACUGUGGUGUGUGCACGUGCGACGCAGCGUGGAACAGCACCUCUGCCAUCGACUGCUCGUGCCCGACCGUUGCGCCUGGCUGCAUGAAGCCCUCGGGCUCCGGUGUCGAUUGCGAGAACCACGGCAGCUGCAAGUGCAACCAAUGCACGUGCCGUCCCGGCUACACUGGAACCUAUUGCGAUACACCCGUUCUUCCCUGCCCCAAUAGCUGCAGUGGACAUGGCAACUGCACGGCUGGCUCGUGCGUCUGCGAGCCUGGAUGGACUGGCUCGUCCUGCUCCUGCUCGACCGUCUGUCCGGACAAUUGCAGCGGCCAUGGCACCUGUCAAUGUGGAGUUUGUCGCUGCCAGGCGGGCUACUCUGGCUUGAACUGCGCAUGCAACAACAACUGCCCUUCGCGCGGCGGAUUGACUUGCUCGGGCCACGGCCAGUGCAACAACUGCGACGGCACCUGCACCUGCGAUGUUGGCUACCAGUCCAAGCCCGACUGCUCAUGCUCGGACGCACCAUGCCCCAACGGCUGCAGCGGCCACGGCACUUGCACGUGCGGUGUGUGCACCUGCUCCGGCCUGUACACUGGCGCCGACUGCUCGUGCUGGAACGUCGGAUGCAACUCGGCGAGCAACUGCAACUCUGCGCUCGGCCAUGGAUCUUGCAACUGCAGUCAGUGCGUUUGCACUGGCAACUACACUCCCGAGACCGAGUGCUUGUGCGACCGGACUGAACACUGCGCCGGAUGGGACGGCACGUCCGAGUGCUCUGGUCAUGGAACGUGCGUGAGCGAUGCGACCCAGUGCCACCAGUGCAAGUGCGACGCGGACGCGCAAGGCAGCCCGCUCUACAGUGGGGCCAGCUGCAACUGCUCCUUGGUCGAGUGCGGCGGCGAAACCAUCAACGGCUUCAAGUGCAACCAGGCCGCGGGCAACGGCGAAUGUAUUUGCGGCACAUGCCACUGCAAGAACAACUUUACAGGACCUUCGUGCGAGUGCGGCCCUUGCAGUCACGACUGCGGCGAGCAUGGCACGUGCGUUUGCGGCACUUGCGUGUGUGCGCCAUUCUGGGGACCUCCUGGCCAGUGCACCUGGUGCGAUGUCACCGCUGUGAACAACACGUGCCCGCACGACAGCUGCACCAACUACACGUCUUGCGGCUCUUGCACGGAUCACAAUGACCGCGGCUGCAUGUGGUGCGAGGAUCUCGGCAAAUGCUACAACAACACCAAUGGCAAUGUCAAAAACGUUUGCACUGGAACGGUCAUCCGCUCCAACGGCGACUGCCCCUUCCUUGGCGAUCUCCCUGUCGGCACCACGAUUGGUGUCUUUGUUGGUGUGUUUGGUGGCAUUAUUGUCGCCGCCAUCGCAGCGCUGGUCGCUCUCAAGUUGAUCAACGGCAUGCGUGAUCGCCGAGAAUGGGGCAAGUUCGAAGCUGAGCGUGAAAAGUCGCGGUGGAAGGGUGACGAUAAUCCUCUCUUCAAGGCAUCCACAACUGAGUACAGCAAUCCUCUGUAUAAUGACAGCGGUAAAUAAUGCCGGCUACUCUGUGCUAGCUUCGCGGCAGGUGUCUUGAUUCCAGGAUGCUGCUUCUUGUUACCGUUGUGUUGUUCAUUUUCGUCCUGUUUCUGUUCAUUGGUGUUCUAGCUGUUUGUGUUUGACUUUUGUUUUGACGAUUGGGGUCGAUAAUGUAAGACUCUGCUUUUUUUUUUU